CCCUACUACGCUCCGCCUGAUCAUCCUAAACAACGACCUUGGAGGAAGAGCCGUUUUGCCACAGGACAGCUGCAACCCAAAAGGUCACCCUUUUUAACGAAGCGGGAGCAAUUACAUCUGACCUGACGAGGAAAGUGCCUGCUGUAAAAGCGCCGUUCCCCAGGAGGAAGAGGAUGAGGACUUCUGAGAUGUCUCCUGUGACGCGUAGCGCCAGGAGAAGCCCUGCCAGGCUGAUAAAGGGUCGUGAGAGAUCGUCAGGUGGGAGAGAACCGAAAUGAUUCUGACCUUUUGAUAUGGGAAAGCUCUCGCCCUUCAUGGAUUGUCCACGCAAUUGUUGCAACUUUGGCGAUCUCUUCAUUAAGCUCUUCGAUGUUAAUAAGCAGGCUCAAAGGAACAGCUUCUGUCUCCUGGGAUUUUGGCCCCUUGCUUUGCAGCUCCAAAUUGAGCUGAUAAAAGGGGAUUGAGCAGAACCCAAGCCGCACGUGCUCUCGACCGUAGUGAAACACAGCGAGAAAUCUCCUGACAGAUCCUGACAACAGGAGCCGCAGCAGCGAGAAAACAAACACACUCUGUCUGGGACUUCAGGGGUUUUGUACGUUCAGCCGCUGGAGAUUUAUCAGCCCUCUUUUCACCGUAAUUCACAGGGACACGGGAAUGUUUCGGUUACACCAGCACUACGACGCCGGGGCAGUUCCUGCUCGUAGCUGGGACUACACAAGCGCGGGGUGAAGGAGCUCGUCUGUGCUCUGCCAGAGCCUGCCAUUAAGCCUCUCAAGCCUGUUUAAACGAUGCCGAGGCACAGCUCCGGUGAGAGGUCUCUCCCUUUCGCUACCCUAAUUCACGUUUGCUGCUGAUCGCUUCACGUCCCCCGUUUGAGCGUUUCGCUCGGCAGAAGAAAGGUCAACGAGGGAGAGCGGAGUCCUUGGCUCGCGCAUGCCGGGCUCUUUAGGAGGUGUCCGACGCUUGUGGAUCUCCGCGGCGUCUGCUGAAGGACGUUUCAGCCUCGGAGCGGGUCGGUGUUUGUGAGCUGCCUGUGGCAGAGCCUCUUGUUUGUGGCAGGAUGUGGACAGCGAGUGACAGAGGGGGACCCGGACGGACACGUGGGUGUCUCUGCAUUUCUGAGCCUAGGGAGGUGACUGAUUUCUCCCCAGACUGAUGCCGGUGGGGUACAGGCCAGGCUGCACAUGAAGGGUUGGUGCUUGGUUUGGGGGUUUCUUUAUUUUUUUAAGAGUUUGGUCAGGGGCCAGAAAUACAUCUCAGCGGAGAAAAGCCUCCAAAUCCCAUAUCCGAUCGAAGCAGCAGAAAGAACGAUGGUUGGCAGAACCUAAUGAUCCACACUGAGCUUCCAGGAACCCUGGCGCUCGCCCUCCUCCCCCUGUGAAGGUGCUGGUGGGCAUCUGGUAGGUUUUGUGUACCCCCCCCGAACGGCUGGAGUUGCUGGAGCAGGAAACCCCCUUGGCUGCCUGCUGGAGCUGAGACUGUGUGGCAGCACCCGCCGAAUCCGUCCUAGCCACGGCUUGCAGCACCUGAAUUUUCUUUGGCAAUCCCUACCCGGGUUGUGCCGGCUGAGAGCCUGGGGCAUCGGGCAGGAUGCAGCCCGGAGGCAGCACAUCUGCAGGCGCCGCUCCCAGCAUUGUCUGUAUUGCUGCUACGGCAGGCGACCGCAUCUUUGAUCCGCUUCUCCCCCCUCCCCGCCCCGCGCCCUCCCACGUUCAGCUGAACGCUCCCCCGGAGCCGCAACAGGGAGGGAAUGCAAAAUAUGCAAUUAAUUCUCUCCGCCUAAGGAUUUUGCUGGUGCGGUUCCCCGAAUCGCCUCGCUUUUUGGCCUCAUCUAGACGCGUCAGCGCAGCGCGGCAAGGUAGGGCAGCUUGCGCUUGCCAGCGCGUGAAGCGGAGAACCCUGGAUUCAUUGCUGUGACUGUAACAAGCCCUGCCUUGUUCCGUCCUGGUGUGAUCAACGCGACCGGGGCUUCUCCGCCUGCCGUGUCACCGCGUGGGAGGGAUGUCAUCACGGGCUCUGCCCGGCUACCGUCAGCAAACGCGCUCCCGCUAGCUAGGCUAGCAAAGGGGCGAUGGGAUGUCCCAGUGGCCAGAGCACACCGGAAAAGUUCUUUCUUCUGAUUCUUUGGUAUAAAUAUUUCAUGCGACCCAGGAAAGUCCCAGUGGGGGCUGUGCCGUGCACUCUGAACAUGACCACGUGGAUGGAAGUGGUGUAUUAAUUAUUAUGAAACAGCUCUGAGAAACAAAUGCAGGUUGCCAUGGAAGCACCAGCAGCGACAAUGUCACCUCGUUUUUAAGAUGCUUUCAAUGUUCCAAACACAAUUUCCCUUCCCUUUCAAAACAGACAAUGGCAAAAUAUCCCAGCGGAGGGGUGACGGGGCCGGGUCCGCAGGUUGUGCAAAAUUUGAUUCCCCUUUCUUACGGCUGAGACAUCAACGCCCUGCCUGAGCCGUGGGGAAAGGGCAGCGGGGGCUGCGGGUGCAGAAGCUGAUCCGGGAGGCGAAGAAAAGCGCGGGCUGGGGAUUGGGGAAAUAGGCUGUUCCUUCCCCACCCCGAGAUGUAAGGGCUGGGGAUCCACAGGGCAGCCUGUCUUGUGCCCCCCCCGCUCCUUGGGAGGUUUGGGGUGUACCGGGAGAAGAGUUAAAUAUUAAAGAGGGGUAGGAGAGGGACGCGGGAAGCCGUCUCAGAGGAUUCGAAUGGAAUAAAUUGAGGUUCUUGUGUGAGAGAGGAGAUGAGGCGAGUGGUAAUGCUGAAAAUUGAUAAUGCCGAUUUAAUGAAUGCAAAAAUUCAAAUUAUGAAAAAUACAAUAGUAAAUGCCUGGAAGCUGGGUUCUCCCUGCCCCUUUCAGUCAUCCCCGCGAAGCAGAACGGUGACCUUUUAACCCCCAUUAUUCUAAUGAACCUUGCGUUGCCUGACUUGCCCCAGGAACUCGCAGUUUUAGCGCAUGUAGCCAGCACCGGUAAAUCCGAAGGAAUAAACCGGUCGCAGCCGAGUCUCGGCUUGUCUGCUCUCAGCUCCCGCAGGCUACAGGCGCACGCAUCUGGAGGCCGUAGCGUUUAACUCCUCGUGCGAUGCCACCCGGAACGACGUCACCUCCGAGGCAGCAUCCUGCGCGCUGACGGGCGUCAAUGGCAGAGACGCGACGUUUGUCUCGCUCUGCCCGCGCUUGUCCCGUAACGCGAACCGUUUCUGCCUUCGGCGCGGUGCUCGUUUCCAUCCUGCGGUUAGUCUCUCGCUUCGCGUUUGGUUUCUUGCAAUUGCCCGAUUUCUCGAUGCCAUGGCCUCGGGUUUUUUGGGGGUUUCUUUGCUUAAAACCCUGCGCCGUUAGCCACCUAGACGAGGGCCUUACGGACAUUUCCGCAGCGCUCAGAGCGUAAGUAGAAAUGGAUUUACUGGACCCAUGCUGUUCAAAACCGGUGGGGGAAAAAAAAGUUAAAAUUUCAUAGAUUCCCAAGACCCAACGUGUCUGCUCUCUGAAACUUUUCAGAGCAAGGAUUUCUGCUGCCUUAGAGGAUUUUAUGGAGACCCCCAAUUGCUAAUGCUGAGGGCAGAAAGUUUCACGUGGGAAGGUGAGGAUCGUGGUCGGGGAGCCGGGGCUCUGGCGCUCGGACAGCUCGUGCUGGCGUGGAGGGGAUUGUGUCCCUGUGUUUUUCACCCCAACCUGGAGAAGGGUUACUCCACCAUUCAUGAUUGGCCUUAAAAUCUCUCUCGGAGUAAAAAGGAAACCCGCAACCCACUGCGUGUUUGAAAAAUUCACGCGUACUCAAAUAGAGUUACUAAAAAAAUGCAUUUUAACCAAGUAGCUAACGACAUAACUUAGCUCAGCCUGAGCUUUGUGUUACUUACUUCUCAGACGAGGAGGUUUUACUCUAGGCCAAAACAAAAAUCAAAACAUAAAACCUUGCGAUGUUUUUCAGUGACCUUGGAUGACCAUGUGCAGAAGGAAGCCAGCAAUAUUCCAGCUGUUAAAUCAAGCGAUUGCGGAUUUCGAUUCUUUACGGAAAGGCAGCGAUAUCUCCCCGCAGUAACAGCGUGAGCCAGAGCCAAGCCAGCGGGCAGCAGGCGGGCACAGAUGAAAAGUUCUGUUCCCUUCCAUCUCCAACCUUAACGUUGCUGAGAAGUCCGACUCAACGUCUGGAUGCCAUACAAGUCUGCAGAGCCAGCGGGAAGCAGUUUUUAACAGCCUGAGCAGUCGAUGCCUUUUCUGUCUGGUCCUCGCUUGCUGGCGGUGCCUGCGAUGCUGUAAUCAAGCCCGCUCACAGAGCCAGGCUGGGGUCGGCGCACGGACGGACAGACGGACGGACGGACGAUGGGAAGCCAGGUCCAGCACCGAGCUCCUGGCAGCGGGAGGUUUUGGGCUUGCUCCUGACCCAGCCCUCCGGCGCGCGGCGAGGAAGAGUGCUGCGGCCUGAGAGAAAAUGUCAUGAAAAUGGAGAAGCUAAAGCGCGGAGGACCAACGUUUUGGCCAAUUGUCUUCCCUCGAACCCAUCUGCAGAAGCCAAAACAAACCAAAGUUCCCCAAAUGCCAGACCGGCGCGCUAACCACGAGUGCUAGACGGCUACAGUCGACUGAUCCCCAAAUGAUUCCCCAACCUACCGCAAAAAUUUGUGCCCCUCGCUCCGUGAAAGGGCACAUCAUUUGAUGGCCGACACUGAAAACCCGAGCGAACCUGGAUUGCAUUUGGGAACUGGUUUGAUGUUUUGGCUCACGCUGACCUGGAAACCUGCUCCUGGCGCGUUCGUAACCGGAGCAAACCGAACAGUUGGAGCGACCGGCGCAAGAUCACCUCGCAGCCUGGUGCUGCUUUCCCACCGGCACGGAUCCUGCGCGGCGAUGCUGGAGCUGGACCCAUCUGCCGCCUCCGCAGAGCCCUUUGCACGGGUGACGCCCCGACUGCUGCGACCGAUCCCCCGUGACCCAGCGGAGUACGUGCGCUCGCCGCAACCAACAGCGGCUCCUGGCCGGAUACCGAUACGAGCUCCCGGAGAACUGGACGGAUACCAGAGAGACACUGCUGGAGGGGAUGCUCUUCAGCCUCAAGUACAUGGGCAUGACGCUGGUGGAGCAGCCCAAGGGAGAGGAGCUCUCUGCGGCCGCCGUCAAAAGGAUCGUCGCUACCGCGAAAGCAAGCGGGAAGAAACUGCAGAAAGUGACUCUGAAAGUCUCGCCCAGAGGCAUCGUGUUAAACGACAGCGGGACGAACGAGCUGAUCGAGAACGUCUCCAUAUACAGGCGCAAGCGGUCACCCUCACCGUAGCCCAGGCCUUCAAAAUCGCGUUCGAGUUCUGGCAAGCUGCGAAGGAAGAGAAGGAGAAGCGGGAAAGGUCCAUCUUGGAAGGAGAAGGGACGAGCAGCCCCGGCUCGGAAGCCCCCGCCCACCCCGACGCACCAGCAGCCACAGGGAACUUGCUGGAUUUAGAAGAUCCUGCCAAAUCGCCCCAGACCAGCAGCGCAGACUCCCCGCACUUGGAUAACAGCGUGUUCGGACCCAGCUCCUCCGUAAAUAACAACGUGGUGUGGGAAAUGGAUGACGGUCUCGACGAGGCAUUUUCAAGACUGGCUCAGUCAAGAACAAACCCGCACGUCCUCGACACGGGACUGACGGCUCAAGACAUCCAGAGUACGGAAACGCUCUCACCUGUAGACUGGAACAAAAUAGAUUCCAACACAGGCGAGAAAGAUGAUCUGUUCAUGUUUUGAGGUCAAAUGCAUCUAACAGCUGACAAGAGAAUAACCACUAAAAGUCUAUGGACUGAAUCAUGCUGUUCCGGGUGCUGUACGCAAGGGACUCUUCUGAGGGCUCUUCACCGAGUCAGAUGAUAUUACAGCACAGCUUAGACCAAAGCUUUAGAGAUCUAAUGCAGAUUUUUGUACCUUGCUUUUAUCUAAACCACGAGACGCUCUUGAACAUAUUUAUUCAUAGCCGUUACAGUUUACAUAUAUUAUUGGAAGGCGUGUAGAGCAUCUAGAGCGUUAGGUGGCAAUAUACCGUGGAAGAACCUUCAGCAGUGCCUGUUCCUCUCUGAAAAAAGACUAUGCAACACCAAAGUCUCUCUGUAAAUACUUUUCUAGACAAAGGUCUGCAGAUGCAAAUGCAAUUGCAAGCACAACUGUUACUAAUCCACUGUUUCUCGAACAACACGUCACCUGCCUAGGCGGAGGGGAGGAGAUUUGCAGCAGCUGCUAACAGUGUUAAAAUCCAAAAGGUAGCAGAGAUCUUGCUUUUGUUGUGAAUGUCCGUGAUAUUCUCACAGUUGUCAAUCACCCCUACGUGUUCUGGCUGCUGCUUCACCAGCUUCGUAUGGGAAUUGACGCUUCUUUUUCUUUUUUUUUUUUUUUUAACCCAAAGACUCUAUGAAGUUUUGCACUUUAAAAACUUGAACUGAAAGCAAUGGUCCGAAUUCUCAAGGUAAGCAGUGCCUGUAACUUCUCUUCAGAAGCUAUUUACCCAAAAAAAAAAAAAAAAAACCCAAACCAAAAAAAAACCCCAACCCCAACCUGGCAAUGCUGCAGGUCUCUUUCGAACCUGACUACCCACGUGCACCGUUUCUGAUGGUGACUCGAAAUACCGAGGCUCCGUUGCACCGUUGGCUUUAACAGCAAAACCAUGGGGGGAGUAACGCUUUGGUUUGCAAAAGCGUGUUGAACGUUGCAGGUUGGGUGAACCCGGUAGCGCGAUAGAUCUGUUGUUCUUAGCUCUGCUAAGUGGAUUUGGCCGUGCGUGGCUUUUUACUGGCUCAAAACCGUUUGGUUGUUGCUCACUCAAUAGACUCAAACGGAAUUGGAUUAAGCAAGACCAAUACCUGGAUGUUCAAUUAGCGAGAGGUGCCCCUUCCAGCAGCACUCCCAUCCUCUUCCCGCCCCCCGUCCCCGACAGCCGCGUCUCCCGUGAGGCUUGGGAACCUGCCUUCGUCUGCUCCUGGAAUUGGAAAUAAGUAAUGGAGGUAUAAAGCUUCUGCUAAUUAAAAGAUUAAGUUUAAUGAUCCUAAAUAGUCGCACUGACAGUUUGCAGUGUUUGUGGCCUUAUGCGAAGUAUACUAAUCUGUUUUAUAGAUUUGUAACUUGGUUUUGAAACACUAAUUCGUUCCCCAGAUAGCUCUUUAUAACUCUCUUAAAACUGCUUGCAGGAGGGAAAAAAAAAAAAAGAAAAACCUCUUUGUCAGCCAUAAGAAUUUAUUAGGAAACAGCUGAGUGACUCUAACUUAGAUUUGAUUUUUUUUUUUCCUCUAAGUGUUAUUGUGAUAAGGUAUCGAGAACUUGUGAAGCUGACUCAUCAUGUCUCUUAAUAAAAUAUAUGCUCGGUUCAUCCUGCAAAA